CAUGUUGUGUGGCCCUCCGGGCGGCUGGGCCAGGCGCCGCGGCCGGGGAUGGCGGCGUCCGACAGCAACUGGCUCUCUGGGGUGAACGUGGUGCUGGUCAUGGCCUACGGGAGCCUGGUCUUUGUGCUGCUCUUCAUUUUUGUCAAGAGGCAGAUCAUGCGCUUUGCAAUGAAGUCCCGCCGUGGCCCCCACGUCCCAGUCGGGCAGCAUGCAUCCAAGUGGGGACCCAGAGCGGCUUGCAACAUCAAUCUCCUCCCCUCCUGCAUUUUAUCUUCACAGCAUCAACAUCCCUGCGAGAGCUUGAAAGAGGAAACGGACAUCCGGCUGUCACGGGUCCAGGACAUCAAGUACGAGCCCCAACUCUUGUCCCAAGAUGAUAUCCGGCUUCAUCAGCUGGAGACGCCCAGGAGUCCAUUUUGCUAUUCCUAUUUGUACAGAAUGAAAGCCCUGGAUGCAAUCCGAGAUUCAGAGAUCCCAUUCUCGGCGGAAGGCAGGCACCCCAAAUCCUCAAUAGGGAGGAACUUCCGUGCCUACCUGGUCGACUUGCGGAACUCCAGCACCCCGUUCAAAGGCGUCCGCAAGACUUUGAUCGAUGCCCUCCUGGACGGGUACGACAACGCCCGCUACGGGACAGGGACUUUCGGCAGGACAGAGUAUCUCAAGUACCAAGAAGCAUUGUACGAACUGGCAGCAAUCAUCAAAGCCCGCGGAGGCAGCAGCCAACGGCAGCAUCAGUCUGCAGCCAAGGACCUGACGCUCUCGCCCGACGUCUCCAGCCCCACCACCAUCCAGGUGACCUACCUGCCCUCCAGCCAGAAGAGCAAACGAGCCAAACACUUCCUGGAGCUCAAGAGCUUUAAGGACAACUACAAUACUCUGGAGAGCACCCUGUGACUGGGCCUCCGCCUGCCAAGCGACUGGAGCGGUUUUCCCUGCUGUACCGGGAGGAGCAGGGCUCGUGCCCUGUCGGUUAGCCAGCGUGAACUGAGAGGCAUCAUUAUGCCUGAGCACGGCUGAGCACAGCGGCUGCCAAAGCAAGCAGCAUUUCAAUCCGCGAUCUGACGUGAAGCAUGUUGCUUCUUUCUGUGUGGAGGGGGGCACUUCCUGAAUUCUCCUGCUCCCCCUUGUGGUUUUGUAAAUAUGUCAUUUAAUUACCUCUCUAAGUUAUUUAUAAAGACUCUAGGCAUGCUUCCCUCUUCCCACCGCCUUUUAGAAGGAGCCAAGAACGGUUGGGGGAACUCCACCUGUUCUUUUUGACUUUGGAAUUCAUCCCCCCUGCUUUCGAAAGGUGGGAAUAAACCCCCUUUUUCCCCUUCAGCAUUCCUCUCUCUUCCCUUCCCUGAAUUCUAUCCUGUUUUCCCCUUUCAAAAGUAUGAGAGGGGGAAGGCACGUCCGGAGAGGCAAGUUGUCAAUCACCCGUCACCAUGCCACGGGGAUUUCUGCUUUUUUAAAAAAAAAAAACUGUUGGCCGUUUCUCAGCUUUGGCUGUGGCAGGAAAGCUGCCUUCUCCUGGAGGCUUAUUGCAGUCCUGCACCCUUAGCCCAUUUGCCCCUGCAGAGAGCUGUAAUGGCAAGAAGCAGGUGGUACCCGCCGAGAGAAAGCAUCGGGGCAGGGGAAUUGGUCCCCAAGCAAGACUCGACCUCACCCUCCCCUCUCUUUUUAAACCGCUGUUUAAUAAAAACGGAGAUGGGUCCAGUCUCA